AUGUUUUUCUUUUACACCUAUAUUCGAGGUAUCAUGAGGCCAUAUCUCGUAUUUGUUUAUGACCUGCUAACGAUUUUAUGGUGUCGCAGUCUCUUGAGAAACGAUUUUUGCUACAUUAUUUCCUCUGCGACUCACCCUUCUCACCACUCUCCUGGCCUACCGCAGCAUCGACCAACCCAUCGCCGUUGCACUGCGUUCUGUCUCCUCAAUGCACCGGCAAAGCCCUUAACCCGGUCUUUUUCAUACUUCAGCCAUUUUUUUCUCUUCAUUCUUGCUUCAUCGUUUUCGCGCCAAACCCCUCUGCCUAUCCCUUUUAUUUUCAUUCUUUCUUUCUCAUCUCUUGCCUUUUACUCUUUCUUUCCUUUUAUCGUUCAUUUUCUUCUCCUUUUCUUAUUUUUACUUACUGCCAUUUUCUAUUUUUCUUCAUUUCUUUACUAUAAGAAAAGAACGUCUCUCGGUUGUCUCCCCCUUUUUCACUUCGCUCCUUGUGUCUUUUCCUUCCGUCAGCCUCUUUUUCGUUUCCCUGUCUUUGCUGCCAUUGUCCUCUGA